GGAUUUAAGAGCAGGACAUCGUCUGCCUUCAGUUGGUGUGGGGGGGUUAUCACGUCUCUCUCACCCCUAUAACCUCACCUAUUUACUGUAUAUAACUGGUGAUGAGGUGAUGUUUAUUACUAUUAGACAUUGGUAAAUAAAUGACACACACCUCCCAUGGUAUGGUUAAACCUACUCAACACUCUUCAUAAAGAGUUGUACACAAUAUUGCUCGGCCAGGAUGCUGCGAAAUGCUACUCGCUGCCUCCAUCCGGCGGUUAAGCAGGCAUCAUUCAGGAGUCAGUAUACGAGAUAUAUGUUGAAGAAUGUUUAUCUUUGUCCUCACCGGAGUAUUAGUCACCAUCUCCUGGCAACAAAUGGCACUUGGCACCUGAAAACUCAGUACCAGAGUCCACACAAACACCACCACAGGCCAUUUACCAUAGCCAGGAUGACUGGUGGUAGUAUUUUCCAAUCUUCAACAAGUCUUGGGGUUACUCCCUUGCCAUUAUGGGCUCUUCCCGAUACUACAUUUAAGGAAUGUCACGUUCGUCUGUACUCCACCAAGCCGCCCUCCGUGCCUUCAUCACCAGUUGAUGAAAACCACAAUGAAACCAAGACCUCAGGUUCCUCGGGAGAAAAUGACGGCAAGAAAUACGUACAAGCUGGAGGAUUAUCAAAUAAGGAGAGAGACGAGAAGAAGAUGUCUUUAGUACAGAAGUUUAAGCUUAUGUAUAAACAAUACUGGUAUGUGUUGAUCCCUGUACACAUUGUGACCUCCGUAGUCUGGUAUGGCGCGUUCUUCAUAGCCGCCAAGAGUGGUGUUGACAUAGUUCCAAUAUUGGAGAAGUUGGGGGCGGGAGAAAAGAUUUUAUCGCAUUUACAAAACAGUAACGCCGGUUAUUAUGCUAUUGCCUACGCCAUGUACAAAAUUGCCACUCCUGCGAGAUAUACCAUCACAAUAGGUGGAACAACAAUAGCCAUCAACUACCUGAAGAAGUACGGCUACAUAAGACCCGUCCCGUCGUCCGAGAAGCUCAAGGAGAUGUACGAAGGUAAAAGGGAGGAAUUGAUUGAGAAGAAGGAGGAAAUAGUUGGGAAAUACCAGGAGAAGAAGGGAGAGAUGGUAGACAAAUACCAGGAGAGGAGAGAAGAGGUGGUGGGGAGGUAUCAGGAGAGGAGAGAAGAGGUGGUGGGGAGGUAUCAGGAGAGGAAAAAUGAAAUGGUGCAGAGGGUAACUGACAAGAGGAAGGAACUGAGGGGAAAAGUAUCAGAGAAAAGGGAAGAGUUUAAGGAUAGGCUUGAGGAGAAGAGGGAGAAGCUUGGUAGUAUAAGGGACAGGAGUAAGUGGAAGCCUUGGUGAGGUAAAGUAGAACAUAGUUAAGAUAUUUUAGAAAGUGUUUAAAAUGUUACAAGAUUUACCAUCACCACGACUGUACAAUUUUUUAUGCACUUAUUUUGUGUUUGUGUUGUCUUUUCUGGGUAUAUUUAUGUCUUUUUCUUGAGCUUUUUAUUUAAAAUUUAUUUAUUUAUAAUUUAUUUUGCUUUAUAAUAUUGUAAGUCCUUUAUUUACAUUGUGAUUCCCGGAAAAUGCAACAUUAGGCGAAACACAUUAAAUGAAACCCUACUGUAUCAUUACACAUCAUGUAUCUUGGAAUUCUGUAGGUGCUGUAGUCCUCAACUUUACAGAAGGGAUUCGACUUUGAAAAGUUGCCCACACUUAAAUUCUGUAACACAAACCAAAUUUUUCAAUGGACAAUUAUCAUUUCUUCGGGUGUGAAUUUCACCAGCCAUUCCUGCUUCCACCCGGUCUUACCCACAUCAAAACCUUUAGUUGGUCACUUACUUGGCUACAUUCAAUAUCUUUUAAGUUAUUUCAGUGAUUACUAUACUGUACUGUAAUGAUAAAAUAUGUACUUACAAGAAACAGUAUAAGGUAAUAGUAAACACAGUAUGAAACAGCUUGAAGUAGUAAACUAUGCAGUGAAAUAGACUCCUGACAGAUUUGUUUAAUGGCAAUUUGUUUUUGUAAAUUGAUAUAUUUUUUUCAAAUUUAUACACUACGUAAAAAAGUGGAUAAGUGUAUUACAGCAUACUAGUAAGAUUAAAUACAUCAUUAAGUUAUUCCACACCACAUAUGACAAUGGUGACUCUUCUAAAACAGUGGUUUGGCAUUUUUAUGCAUAAUCUUCAAACUCUUAGACACUUUCUUUUGACUUAGUGAUUUGACCCAAACACUUAACAGUCGCCUUAUCUAUGCAUUAUGUAUUUGUAUUACAGUACAGGUACGUAGUUCUUAAUGGGGUCACACUAUUUUGUCAAUGUAAGUGUGUAUUAUUUUAACUGUCUUGGGUGGUAAGCCAAGUUCUCUGCUGAUGUCCACAGUUGAUUCCUCAUCACCUCUAAAUGAAUUAUUUUCCUUGUCUUCUCUGAUACUCUCAUGCUUGUAGAAAUUUACUUAGGUUUUAACGGGUUAAAACUCACAACAAAUGCACAAGACUUAACUGGCUCCUAACCAGCGUGAUGUGGUGUUGACACUGAUGCCAGAGUGAUAAUGUUUUGCAUCAUUAGGACCAAAGUACAGUACAGUACAGUACUGGAGUUAACCUCUGCUUUUUACUUUAAAAUUUUCAGUGUUUAAAUUUAAUUAUGUUCCUUACUAUAUCAACACCAUCAUACCAAUCCAACGUAAAUAUAGGACUUACAAUAUCUAUUAUUGUAGAGGUGCUGCUAGACUGUGAGAGGUUAAGAACAAUUGUCUGUGGUGUAAGAAAAUGCUGAUUGAUUGUGCUGUGUUAUGUGCAUUAUUCAUAGAGAAUUAUCUUCACACAUGCCUGGUGGUCUGAUACUAGUACAGUACAGUAUACUUGAGCCAGUACUGUAUGGACUUGAUGAAUCAAUUACUGUAAGCUCAUUGAUAUUUGAGUUUUGAUUCUUAAGUGAAACAUAUCUUGAUGUGAACCAAUUUUUGCUUUAUAGUUAGAAGCUGGACACUGGCUGAAGAUAUGUAAAUACAUGAUAAAAAAAAUUUAAUGGGUAUAAUGGAAUAAUUCUUUGCCUUGUUAUUAACUUAAAACUUUUAUUCCCAGAGCCAUACUUUAGGAGAGAUAAUCUCAUUUGUUUUCGUUUUUUGGCUUAAACUUUGUGAAUCAGCAGUUGACUUUGUGCUCUAAGAUUAUCAAGAAGAAUGUGGGGAACAGCCCUCCAGCCUCCUUCCCCCAGCUAGACCACCAACAGUUGUGGCUGAUAGAUAAAAUUACGUAAAUUAAUCGUUGCAAACCCAGGGCGUGAUAAAGUUUAUAUGUGGUAAUAUUUGUGUUGUGACAGUUGCAGUUUAGUGCUGUACAGUGGUCCCUCGGUUAACGAACACAAUUCGUUCCAGAAGGUCGUUCGUUAACCGAAAAUUUUGCUAACUGAAACCAUUGUUUCAAUGGGAUUUUGGGUAAUUGGUUCCUGCUCA